CCCUAAGCCUUUGGCUGCGCCCAGAAGAGGGGCCUGACUCCAUCGAAGUGUUGCCUGAAACGAUCUCAACACACACUUCUGCGCCAGACCACGACCAGCGAAUGCUGCGUGGCGCGCUUGUUGAGAGCCUGCCUCCCUAGUGCUGGUCCCGCCAUACGGAUUCUCGGCACAAGAUCCGUGACGCUGCGUCACGGAUCACCUCAAAUGCGCUCGUUUGAGAAGUCGUGAGGGAAUCGCAUCGCGCAAGGGUGGUCCAUGUCACUGAGAGUUGGCAUGGCGUCGAUCGUAUUUACGCAAACCAUUGAACACCCUCUCUGGGCCUUGCUGACCACGCCACCAUGCAAUAACGCGAUUCGACGCACCCCUUCGAGCAGAAAAAGUCGCCUACGCGUUCAAGGUUUGCGCAGAGAUUGGCUUCGAGUUCGACUCCUUGCGCAACGCUGCGAUUGUUGCCCUUCAUUUGUACACCGCAGACAGGGUGCAUCGCCAACGCGAUAUAGAUGCACGAUCCCAGAUGCAGACGCGAACACUCACUGAUCGCUGCGAAAGCCAAAAUCGGACAGGAAGCCGACGUCUCAGGGCGCAGCUCCGAUGCAAGACUCACAGUGGCUUGAUCGGUGCUGUUCGGCGAGUCUCGGCGCCCUACUCCAGAGUAAAAGGGCGGGGUAUGUACAAUCUGCUGUCGGCUGAAAACGUGUCCGAGCACGAUUGAAUCGGAGCGGGCGUAGCCAAAGUAGUCUGCCCAAAGACCGUGCAACUAAGUUGCCCCCCAGCUAAACGUUCGAGGGGACCACUUUACGAUAACCGUCAACGUGUCUGCCACUUCCUGUACAGAUUGCCGAGGCGAAGCGGUAUGGAGAUCUCCGCAAAAUGUGCCCACACGCUCAGGAGCGGGCCGAGGCGAGGCGUGGCGUGGCGUGUGCGCUGCGCUGUCCUGUUCUGUUCGAUCCAGCGCGAUGUCGUGCGACUUGGAACUGAUGGAUGUACUGUUGGAAGGGAGGGAGUGGAGGUUGAAGCGAAUCGAGAUGUAUGCGAAUGCUUUUCCAGCGCGAUGUAGGGACGUCGUUUGCCAAAGAUCCGACCAACCCGCGUCAGGUACUAAGAGUCCGUCGGAAGCGAACGCUUCGACGAAUAGACUUUGGUGCAAAAGUUGGGUCGAGAGCCGCGCCAAUUGGCGACUGAGGAGCUCUGUGUGUGGGUUUUCGCCAGCGAAUUGGUUCUCACAGAGCUCACCGACUAUCAGGGACCGUCUCUUUGUAGCCGUGGAUGCUUGAGGUGAACCCGAAAUUGCAACGGGACUGGGUUGCGGCCAAAUCGGAGCCUAGCAGCCGAUGCUGGUCAAACCAGCACAGGUGAGACGGGAAGUGUUUAGCCUCUUUUUGGUGAGUUCAAGCCGGGGCCUCUAGAAUCGUGGAUGUUGCUAUCGCGCGAAACUCAGAUGCAUCGGCUACGAUGACAAGAGGGACGGGCCAUGGAUGUCAAUGUCGACGAAGCGAGACGCUGGCGAGACGCUUUGACAGCGGCGUUCUGACGUCGUGGUGGAAUGUUGAAAUUUGUGCUUCUCAACUUGGCGUGCGAGCAUUUAGGUUCAGCGCUUUUGCUCGCUUAGCUAUCGUUCGAAGCAGGAGAGGAUGAUUGGUGACUUGAUCGGGUGGGAGGUGGCGAGCAUUUCGAGCGCUCUGGAGCUCAUCUACUAGUCCUGAAUGAAGGACAAUUGUGGAAUGACCGUGCUGGGAGAUCGAGAUGGGGGCGAGCAAUUCGUCUGUGUUCCUGUUAGUCGCCGUCUAGAUUCGCAACGAGAUCAGGGGUCGUGCGUCAGGUCUAGCAAACGCGAGGUACAGUCAGUGCGGAUCGGGAUGUGAGACAUCCAGAUGAUCCCCGCAGCUUGGAGCUCUGUUCUUGCGAAAUUUGACACAAUGAAGUUGAUCUUGCAAAUGCCCCUUGCCAUUCUGAUUUGUGAACUGAUGUUGCAGGACAGAGAGAGGCGGAAUUAAGCUCCGACUGCCUCGCAGGCGUGCAGCCGGCAAUCAAAGGGUCAGCAAGACCCGGCCGAACUGCG